AUCUGAGAAAACAAGUAUAUCUUUCUACUUUUGAGUGAGGAAGAUUUCAUAUUUGCAUAGGUAAAGAAUCCGCCAUUGUUGAUUACAGCAAAAAUGAAGGGUCUUUUAAGAGGUUUGAAAUACAUUUCCCAAAUUUUUGAGGAUGAAAAAGAACCAGAAAUGCAAAUUGGAAAUCCUACAGAUGUAAAACAUGUUGCUCAUAUCGGUAUGGAUGGUCCUUCCGCCAAUAAACCGAGCUGGAUGGAUGAGUUCAGUUCUGAGUUCUCAUCAACUCCUGUAAAUGGUAAUCAACAAUUAAAGCCUCCACCUGCAGGAAAUCAGGACUCAUUACCACCUACUAGCAAUGAGAAGCAAAAGAAGUCGAGACGCAAACAAUCCGCAAGCAUCGGCUCACCUGGAGGAGGUUCACCGAAAGUGUCCGAGAAGAAAGCUAGGCGCCAGCGUACAUCGAACCUCUCAAUGGAAUCCACUAAUCGAGAUUUAUCUUCCCGUGAAAGGCGAAACCGUCGUGCCACUGAACCAUCUUCUCAAGUAGUACUACCUGACAUCCCGAAAAAAUCUCGGCAAAAGAAACCAAAGGAAUCAUGUGGAUCAGAUAGGUCUCCUUCGCCAUCCAGAUUCGAGUAUUGAAGAGAUCAAAGUUUAGAAGCGUGUGUUAUUUGUAAAGUACAGGUUUUAAACUUAAUUUUUUUUCCAAAAAAAGAAUUCAUAUAUUUAGAGAAUAAUUCUUUUAUGUUGAUUUCCAAUUCCAAAGUUGGAAAAAGAUAUUAUGAGAAAUCCGAAUAACAUAGAUUAUCAUUGCAUCACAAUGUAAAUCUCCUAUGAAUGUUUACUUCAAUACACAACAGUCAAUUCAGUU